AUGAGAGGCGAGCUGUCAGCGAGCGGGCGGACAGCAGCACCAACAGCAGCAGCAGUAGCAGUUCACAUUCCUAACGCGCUUUUUCGUCGCAGAUGUGAAUCUGGCGAAUACGUCGGCGAGCGGGACCAGGAUUUCUCACAUUUCUCUAGCAGGAAAAUGUCCAACGUCAACCCAUCACAGGAGUCUGAACACUUCGUUACUGAAGCGCUUCCUACAUUGAGGAAUUCCCUUGCGAUCACUCCUCCUCCACCACCACCACCACCACCACUAAUGACAUGCUGGGCAGGAAUGAGAGGCGCUGUGGAUGUGUUUAACUGA